AUGACGAUUCCUUCCCAACGAUCCCGACCGAGACCUGAUACCUAUCAGAACGCUACGAACCUAGCUAUUGAAAGCCGGUCAAGGAGCAUCGCAGCUACAAGCCAUACGGCUAAGAUUGUCAUCGAAUUGCACGCUUCGUUUUGGUCGUGCGAUGGGUAUUAUGACAAUGUCCUUGACGGUGUUGAAACCCCAGUAUACGACAAGACGGCAAACCUCGUUGGAAAGCGUACAGGAAAUGUUGAGAUCGUUCUCGGGGCAAAGUUCCCUUCUCAUGCCGCAAUGAUAGAGUUCAUUGUCAAGCAGUGUGACAAGAGGCUUGCAGUUAAGGAAUAG